AUGAGUAAUCGAUUAAUAAGUAAUAGGAGGAAGAAAAAGUUGACGAACGGAUUCCAGUUCGACGUUGGAUACGUCGAAAAUUACACAAAAUUAACCACAAACAAAGCGAAAUGCAAUCAUUGUUCUGAAGUAUUUAGUUAUAAGUAUGUACUUGAAUUACCUUGCCACCUGAGGUUGGUCUAUCCAGACAAAUUAACAGAAAAGGAGAAGGAAGAUCGUAAAAUCAGUUGGAUAUGGAAUUACUUCACACCAGGAAACAAUAUGACUGCUACAUGCAACAGUUGUAAGUUCUCACACAGUAUAUUCAAAAAUUGAAUAAAAUACUGAAGAAUGUAAAAUUGAUAGUAACAGAACAAUCAAUA